GGUACAGUGACACAGCCGCCAAGACAUAGCAGAGGCCAAUGGAGUCGAAGACAAAAUCAGUCUCUUGGGUGCCCGCUUUCUUCGCGUAGCAAGAUCGUGCGCACCCUGGCUGUGUCUUCCCAAGCGUGACGCGGUGGAGCGACUACGUACCAACGAGGACGAGGAGCCUUGGCUUGCUAAAACAUCAUUGCGGAUGGCCCCGCAUUGAUGUCGGACAAGUCCCGAAGACGCAUGUUGAUCACAUUGAACCGCGGUGGAGGAGGAGAUGAGCAGAGACCUAUCUUAAUCCUCCUUGAGCACUAGGAUCUGCGCUACUUCUCUUUGCUUAUGGUUUAUAGCGGAUCUCAUACAAAAAAAAUCCAGAUCUUGUCGUGCACUUUCUGCUUGUGCGCAUAUUGGUGCAAGUUUGCCGUUUCCCUGUGACGGUGUGGACCGCUCUGACUACCAGGCGCUUUCUUCCGCUCCGUAGUUGUAAGCACUUAAGUACUUAUUUUUGGCCAAAAUAAAGGCAUUUUUGGAUUCCAUUUUACGUCCUUGUGAAGUACGAACAGCAACAAGUUCUUGCACGUCGGAGAAAACAAAAAUGUGGGGGCAACAUCAUCCGCUGCAACAAUUUCACCGUGCUUUUGGCCGAGCGACGGGCGUGGCUACAAAAGUGAACAAUGUUACUACAUGUUCUUUCAAGGCUGGGAGAAUCCCGCGAAGGACCCAUAGCAGCGCUGUGAAUUGACCCGGACGCAAAGGAUUGGAGUUGAAAAAUGACGAACCUAGUGUCUACCAUUGAAAGUAAAUUUAUAAAAGUUUUCAGAUUGGAAGCAGCUAGGCUCUGCCUUUAUAUAUUGCCACAAAAAUUUACAAGUAGGAGUUAGCUUAUACUUGGAACAUGUGCACAGAACCAAGACUGUAUGGGCAUAACCGUUUUCGCCAUGGUUGUUAAGGUUGCAUAUGCUUUAGGCGGUAUUAGGGAGGGGCGACACACUUUCAAAACAACUAUCUACUUUUAUUUUUUGGCGCGCCUUGUGCCCGCCGCGAUUGUCUAUUAAAGUUUACCUUUGACUAUUUCUGCUCGGAAGAUGUAGUUUAGACGAUAAGCGUUUUUCUAUUUGUGGACCGAAGUAGGACGCGUGGAGGUGUAACAGGGCAUGAACUAUGGCGGAAUGAGAUAUGCUAUCUCGGACUACCAAAAGUUCAAACCCUGGGCCGAUCCUCUGAGUGACUUCCUUCCCGCAAAUCUUUAGACUGUUUGAUCCCGAACCCAGCACAAACAAGCACGAGAAUAAGGAUUAAGCGCAAGAUCUAGAGCGAAUACCCAAACAAAUUGCACACCCAACCACAACACACGCGCUGAAGAUCUACCACGCUGAAAACACUCUCUACACCUGAAUGAGGGCGGGCGUGAUGAAUGUAGUGGCAACCUUUUUCGAUUUUUUACAGGCUACGGGAUCGAUCGUUGAGCUAGGUGCUUUCUCUAUAAACAUCUUAUGACGAUUAAAUGAAUUCCCGCUAUGUCAAUUUCGCUUUUAGUCCAUCACACAGCACGCACAGAACCAAGACCGUAAGGGCAUAAUCGUGUUUGGAAUGGUUGUUAAGGAUGCGUGAAAAAACAUGAUGACUGAACGUGAAAGCCGAUGCGGUAGUAGGCAGCUCUCGGCGAGGUUUUACGAGUGAAGCAAAAAACAAAAAAGUAGGAACACAGCCAGCCAGCGAAACGAAAGCAGGGCGCAGCAGACACGAAGAGUGUUCGCCCAAGAAUGAUCAUGGCCCGGAAAUGAGAAGGAAAGUGUGAUGAAAGGAUAAUGUGUAAUGCGACUCGUGAAAAGAGUUUCAAUACCGUAGUCAAAGUUCUCACAUUGUUCCUAAGCAUUUUUGUGCCGGAGUUUUCACAAGCCUUCUCGUUAGCGAGAAGAAUCUCGCUGCACGCAAGACGAGGAGGACAGUCGAAGUGGCCGCGGGAGCCAGAUCUACUGCAACUUCAUGAAGCUGCUGCACCUGCUAGUACAACUUCUAGUUCGCCGGACGCCAAGAGUGGUGCUCCUGGUGCCCCCUACUUCGUCACAAAUAAAGAACCACUUCCGACGUCGUUCUUCGAAGACCAACAGCAGCAGAUCAUGGAGCAGCUGCUGGAUUUUCUGCCGUUAGAGGUGUCCAACUUCCUUACCCUGAACGAGGUGAAAGAGUUGUGCAAUGCGCUUCCGAGGAAGAUGAAGAUGAUCGAGACUUCUGUGGAUGAUGUGGCUGGUGAAGACCACAGAGAUGAAGCAGUAGUAGAGGGUCACUGCACGACACAUGACAGUCAUUCCAGGACAACUACGAAUAUUAAAACGAAAGACCAGGAGGUCUCGUCCUCUGACGUGAUGGUCAUCAACAGACUGCAACAGAAAUUGCGAAAAGAAAGACUUUUUUACGAGAAAAACGCCCUCGUCCGGCACCUCUUACUCGUCCAACACGAC